AUGCUUUUCAGUGGAUUAGAUGAGACAAUCGUAACGCCGUACGCUCAACUGCUCAGUUCACUUCGAAGUAUCAGGAACAACUAUUUCGUUGUAGCCAAUCUGUCGCCGAAAAAGUUUUAUUUUCAAACGUUAUAUUUCACUUUAUUCAAUAAUCCAAAAGAGGAGACGAAGCAGAGGCUAGCAUUAGAAACACUGGAGGAAAUUGAAUUUUGUCUGGACAAGGUGGAAAGCAUGCAGACCCAUCCAUCAGCUGCUCAGAUGGCUGCCCACAAAUUCAGUCAAAUAUUGAACAGAGAGAUGAGUCAGAACCCUGACCUGAAGAACAACGGCGGGGGUUCAAUAACUGGAUACCUGAAAACUUUCCUAGGUCUGACAGCUGCUCCACAGCUGACGGACGACACAAGCUCCAACAGGAACGCCAAGAACAAAGCUACCAACAUCUUCACGCGACUCAUCUCUAGGGAGAACUCAUCUGAGAGGGCGAUGAACGACGAAGCGGUCGUGAAUGAUGUCGAACGCCUGAGACUGACUCGUAAACUAAACAUGAACAUUUUCCUUGCGCAGUUAAUAGAAAGCACGAACGACACUUGGGGUGUUGAUUUGUUUGAAGUUGACGCCCUGUCCAACCACCGGCCUCUCACGCAUGUCGCUCUCCACCUUUUUAAACAACGAAACAUCUUGAAGCAGUUUCAAAUUCGCGAGUUAACCUUCUUCAAGUUCAUAUCGGCCAUAGAGGCCAAGUACCGUAACAACCCCUAUCACAACAACAUCCACGCCACUGACGUGCUGCAAGCCUCGCACCACAUGCUCAACUUCAGCGUUUUCAAAAACGUGUUCACCGAGCUGGAAGUAUUUGCAGCUCUGUUUGCAGCCGCCGUGCAUGAUGUCGACCACCCCGGGGUCACCAAUCAAUAUCUCAUCAAUACGAAUAGCGACCUCGCCAUACUGUACAAUGAUGAAUCCGUCUUAGAGAACCAUCACGUGACACUUGCCUUCCAAACCUUGUCCACAGAAGGAUGCGAUGUUCUCAGUACCCUAAACCGCAAGCAACAUCAGAUGUUCAGAAAGAUGGUGAUAUCUGUGGUGCUGGCUACAGAUAUGAGCAAGCACAUCCAACACAUCGGUCAUCUGAAGACCAUGGUGGAGAUAAGAAGAUUAUCAUCAUCAGCCUCAUCAAUCAUCGAUCCUGAAAAUGCCGAAGAUAAAUUGCAGAUUCUGCAGUCUCUCGUCCAUUGUUCUGACCUGAGCAAUCCUCUGAAGCCACUGAAUCUCUACCUGCAGUGGACAGACAGAAUUAUGGAGGAGUUCUUCAGGCAGGGUGACCUUGAAAAGUCGUUAAACCUCGAGGUCAGUCCGCUCUGUGAUAGAGAAAACUCCAACAUAUGCAAGUCGCAGAUGGGCUUCAUAGAUUAUGUUGUACACCCCCUCUGGGAGAUAUGGUCUCGCCUCACUCAGCCUGACUGCCAGCCAAUCAUGGACAUCUUGGAAAGCAACAGGGUUUGGAUUGCCUCUCAAGUUCUUACAGAGGAUGAUAAACACGAUGGAGAUGACGAUGGCGAUGAUGAUAAAGAUGAUGACGACGGCGACGAUGAUGUCAUCCGUGAUGAUUCUAACGGGUCUGAUGACGUCAAGAAUGCGAAGAGGAAAGAUGGCAGCUGA